AUGUUUACGGGUACAUUGAGGGUGAAAAUAUGUGAAGCGAAUGAUCUACGACCGACAGACUACCAGAAAAGACAUGAACUGAAUUUUGGCAAGAAUAACGACAAGAAAGAUCUGGAUCCUUAUGUAUCAUUAAAUGUGGAUGAAAAAUUCAUUGAUCGUUCAACAAUUAAGCAGAAAACAUUUGAUCCUGUAUGGAAUGAAACAUAUAUUCAUGAGGUGGAGAAUGCAAGUACUUUGGGCAUUACUGUUUUUCAUAAGGCACCACUUGAUGAUGUAUUCAAUGCAAAUGCAACUAUAUCAUUUGAGGAUUUGAUGGCACGUAAUCAACAAGACCAGACUGAUUUUUGGGUUGAUUUAGAACCUUCCGGACGGUUGCAUGUGAAAAUAGACUUGAGAUGGUCUCAAGAAACCAAUCAAAAUCAACAAAUGACAUGUCGUCGAACGAACAAGGAGCAACCGUUUUUGAAUCGCCGUCGAGGGGCGAUGAGAAGACGAGUGCAUCAAGUAAAUGGACACAAGUUUAUGGCUACAUUUUUACGUCAGCCAACAUUCUGUUCGCACUGCCGAGAAUUUAUAUGCUCUGUAGGCAAGCAAGGCUAUCAAUGCCAAGUGUGCACUUGCGUUGUUCAUAAGCGAUGUCAUCAGCUGGUCGUGACAAAAUGUCCAAAGAAGAAGGAUGAGGAGAAAGUUAAGGAGAAUAGAGAGGAAGUUGUCAAUAGCCAACGCUUUAAUGUCAAUAUUCCUCAUCGCUUCGCCGUUCAUAGUUUCAAAAGAUUGACAUUUUGUGAUCAUUGUGGUAGCUUGUUGUAUGGAAUUAUUCGUCAAGGAUUGAAAUGUGAAGUGUGCAGCAUGAACAUUCAUCGACGAUGUGAAGAGAAUGUUGCCAAUAAUUGUGGAAUUAAUACCAAACAAUUAGCUGAAAUUUUAAAUGAAAUGGGAAUCACAAUGGAUAAAUCAACACCACCACGUCGUUCGAAAUAUAUCAAUCAAGCGCCAAGCGACUCAUCAUCAACAAGUGAUCGAAGCAGUGACGAUACAAUUUCAAUUGAUUCAUCUGUGUCAGAUACCAAGCCAUUAUUAUCAUCAUCAGCUAGUUCUAGUCGUCAAACUUUACAAGCUGAAGAUGGAAAAGGUUCAUCGCAGCUCAUUGGCAAGCUAACACUCCUUGAUUUUAAUUUUGUUAAAGUCUUGGGUAAAGGCUCAUUUGGCAAAGUCAUGCUUGCUGAACGCAAAGGAACUGAAGAAAUUUAUGCCGUAAAAGUAUUGAAAAAGGAUGCCAUAUUACAAGACGAUGAUGUCGACUGUACAAUGACAGAGAAGCGAAUUUUAACUCUAGCUGCUCGUCAUCCAUUCUUGACAGCAUUAUAUUCAUGCUUUCAGACGCCUGAUCGCUUAUUCUUCGUUAUGGAGUAUGUAAAUGGCGGUGAUUUAAUGUUCCAAAUUCAACGUGCUCGAAAGUUUGAUGAAGCUCGUGCAGCUUUUUAUGCCGCUGAAGUUACCCUUGCACUUCAAUUUUUGCAUCGUAAUGGUGUGAUUUAUCGCGAUUUGAAAUUGGACAACAUACUUUUGGAUGCGGAAGGCCACUGUAAAUUAGCUGAUUUUGGAAUGUGCAAGGAGGGUAUUAUUGGCGGCAAUUUAACAUCAACUUUUUGUGGUACUCCUGACUAUAUAGCACCCGAAAUCCUUCAAGAAUUAGAUUAUGGUCCCUCUGUUGAUUGGUGGGCAUUAGGCGUUUUAAUGUAUGAAAUGAUGGCGGGUCAGCCUCCGUUUGAGGCUGAUAAUGAAGACGAUUUGUUCGAAGCCAUUCUCCGAGAUGAUGUUUUAUAUCCAGUUUGGUUGUCGCGUGAAGCUGUUUCAAUUUUAAAAGGUUUUAUGACUAAAAAUCCGGCUCGUCGAUUAGGUUGUGUAGAUGGAGAGGAAUCAAUCAGAAAGCAUCCAUUCUUUAAAGAAAUGGAUUGGGAUGCAUUGGAGCAGCGAAAAGUUCGUCCACCAUUUAAGCCACGAGUUCAGCGAAACGCACGUGACGCAGUCAAUUUUGACACAGAAUUCACACGUGAAGAUCCAGUAUUGACACCAGUUCCAGCAGAUAUAAUCCGUUGCAUAAACCAAGAUGAAUUUGCUGGAUUCUCAUUUGUUAACAAAGACUAUGGUCCGGAGCGAAGGGGUUGCAGUUAA